AUGGGCUGUGCCAUGUCGGCGGAAGACAAGCAGAUCGAGAAGAACCUGAAGGAGGAUGGCAUGCAGGCCGCCAAGGACAUCAAGCUGUUGUUGCUUGGUGCCGGCGAGUCUGGAAAAAGUACCAUCGUAAAACAAAUGAAAAUUAUCCAUGAAAGUGGAUUUACACCGGAAGACUUCAAACAGUACAGGCCCGUGGUGUACAGCAACACGAUACAAUCUCUAGUCGCUAUUCUCAGAGCGAUGCCGAAUUUGGACAUCAGCUUCUCGACCAACGAGCGGGAGACGGACGUGAAAAUGGUAUUCGACGUGAUCCAAAGAAUGGAGGACACGGAGCCAUUCGGCGAGGAGCUUCUGGCUGCGAUGAAGAGGCUCUGGGCGGACAGCGGGGUCCAGGAGUGCUUCGGUAGGAGCAACGAGUACCAACUCAACGACUCGGCGAAAUAUUUCCUGGAUGACCUGGACCGAUUAGGGGCAAGGGAUUAUCAGCCUACGGAGCAAGAUAUUUUAAGGACCCGUGUGAAAACAACGGGUAUAGUCGAAGUCCACUUUUCCUUCAAGAAUCUUAAUUUCAAACUGUUCGAUGUGGGCGGCCAAAGAAGCGAACGUAAGAAGUGGAUCCAUUGCUUCGAGGACGUGACCGCGAUCAUAUUUUGCGUUGCGAUGUCCGAGUACGAUCAAGUCUUGCACGAAGACGAGUCGACGAAUCGAAUGCAAGAAAGCUUGAAGCUGUUCGACUCAAUUUGCAAUAACAAAUGGUUCACCGACACCUCGAUUAUUCUCUUCUUGAACAAGAAGGAUCUUUUCGAGGAGAAAAUUCGCAAGUCCCCUCUCACCAUUUGCUUCCCCGAGUAUGCUGGAGCGCAAGAGUACGGGGAGGCGGCCGCGUACAUCCAGGCGCAGUUCGAGGCGAACAACAAGACAGGCAAUAAGGAGAUCUACUGCCACACGACUUGCGCCACUGAUACAAACAACAUUCAGUUCGUGUUCGACGCGGUCACAGAUGUCAUUAUCGCCAAUAAUCUCCGUGGCUGCGGUCUCUAUUAGGAUAAAUAUUCCCGUCGCGGAGCCGAUUGACCGGCACGCAUUCACACUCGCUACACACACGAGGAACACGACCACGAAGCCGACAGGCAUGCAUCGCGCGACGAAGGAGCGUAUGAGAGCGAAUGAGAGACCGUGAGACUGAUCCAGACUUGCGAGGAAGAGAGGACCGAGUGAUCGAGAGGGAGAGAAUGGGAGGAAGUGAGUGGACAACGAGAGAAUGUAAGAGAGAAAGAGAGAGAAAGAUACACCAAUGUACCACCGCUGCUGCUACCGACCACCUGCGGUUACCUUCUCGACUCUUUUUUUAUUUUAACUGCCCUUUCGACUUGUUCUUCCUUCCUGGGGACCUAUCAAGGAUUUACUGGCUGUGCUUCUUUAUUGAUCAGCAAACCCAACCCACAAUUUGGAUUCCACAUUUGGAAGCAGUGAAAGUUUUUGGAAAGUACAGUGUAGUCCUCCGACAUGAUCAGCUUGGGAGUGGACCUGACCUACGAGAUAAGUAGCUACCAUCAUAAGUAGUUCUUUAUUGAUCAACAAACCCUAACCACAAUUUGGAUACCACAUUUGGAAACAGUGAAAGUUUCUGGAAUGACCAGUAUAGCCCCCAGGAUAAUUAGCUUGAGAGUGGACCUGACCUACGAGUUAGGUAGCUACCAUCAUAAGUAGUUCUUUAUUGAUCAACAAACCGAAUCCACAAUUUGGAUACCACAUUUGGAAGCAGUAAAAGUUUCUGGAAUGACCAGUAUAGCCC